AUGGCAUCUGUUCACGGAUUCACUGUCAAGAACGCCAAGGGAGAAGACACUCCACUCUCCAACUAUAGUGGAAAAGUUGUGAUCAUUGUGAACGUCGCUUCCCAAUGUGGACUCACCAACUCCAACUACAACCAGUUCAAGGAGUUGCUUGACACUUACAAGAAGGACGGACUCGAGGUCCUCGCCUUCCCAUGCAACCAAUUCGGAAGCCAAGAACCAUCGUGCGAGAUCGACAUCGCAGCUUUCGUCGCUGACAAGUUCAAGUUUGAGCCAACUCUUUUCCAGAAGAUCGAUGUCAACGGAGACAAUGCGGACCCACUGUACAAGUUCUUGAAGCAAGAGAAAGGAGGAUUCUUGGUCGAUGCUAUCAAGUGGAACUUCACCAAGUUCCUCGUCGGCAGAGACGGACACGUCAUCAAGAGAUACUCUCCAACCACCGAGCCAAAGGACAUGAAGAAGGAUAUCGAGGCAGCUCUCCAAGCUAAAUUGUAA